AUAUAAUUCCCAUCUCCUUCCCAAUUAUACACACCAAAAUUUCACUGAUUGUUCUGAUUUCUUGGUAGAGGAAAAAACAAUGGCUGCUUUUGUGAAAUGCUUCCUCUCACUGCUCCUACUUGUUGGUAUGCUCAGCCUUCUGACAGUCUCUGCUUCGGCUGAAAAUGUGAAGGUAAGUUUUGUAGUCGAGCAACAUUUGAAUUUCACUGGAAAGCUGUUCAUUAGGGGAAACAGUUCGGCGCUGGCAAAUUCUGUGCCCGCGACACCAACGCCUGGUGACAUUUGGGUUUCUACUGUGGCUGUGACCAAAGGAGAACCAUACGAGUACAUUUUGAAGGUGUUACCUCAAGGGUUCUUCUUUGAAUGCAUCUGUUCACCCUUCAACACAUCAAAAUUGAUCGUGCCUGAAGAUUAUCCAUCGUCUAUCUAUCCGGAAAUAGUGACCGGCUACGACUGUGACUUUGCACUGUGCCCUUUCUCUGCCAAGGGGAAUAGCGCGGAGUCUAUUCGCCAGGUUGUUGUAUGACAAUCUCCGAGAUGAUGUUCCUCCAUACAUGGGCAUCGUAUUAUUGUUGAUAGAAUAAACGCUGCUCUCUUAGAGCGAUGCUAUAUUAUCUAUCUAUAUAUAUAUAUAUAUGGCUAUAUAAUAUGUUA